UACUUGAUAAAUUACCAUUGAAUCAGAAUGGAAAAAUAGAUCGAAAACUUCUUCCGCCACCUCACUUCUCAUCUAUACAUCUCACAAACAGUAUCGAACUAUUACUACCAACAAAUGAUAUUGAAGUUAUUAUUCAUCAUAUUUGGUGUGAGAUACUCAAACAAAAUCAGAUCUCAACCGAUACAAAUAUCUUUACUAUUGGUGGUCAUUCAUUACUUAUGAUGCAACUUUUUCAUCGAUACAAGAUCGAAUUUCAUUUAGAAACAAAUACUCUUUCCAUUUCGAAUCUAUUUCAACAUCCAACAAUUAGUCAUCAUGCUCAACUCAUUCAACAAUCUAUCAAUGUCAUGGAUACUCUGAAUGAUUAUCCCUGGUCUCCAUUGCAUCUCAUUCAAGGUAAACAACACAACUUGUACUGGAUAUUAUUAUCAACUACAUAUUCAUCUCUUUCUUUUCUCAUUCUAGCUAGGGCAUCAUUUGCACAACAACGAAUCUUUUUAGAUGAACAAAUUCGUUUUUCAUCCAACCAAACAACCAUGAAUAAUAUGUAUGUUAUUCCAUUACUUUAUCGUAUAUCAUCUACGAAUGAUCAUGUAUCAAUUACUCGAUUACAUCAUGCAUUUCAAUGUGUUAUCACAAAACAUCAUAUUCUUCGAACAGCACUUUAUAUUGAGGAUACACAUGGUACUAUUAUUCAACAGUGUUUAGAUGCAAAUAUCAUUCUCGAUGAUCAUAUAAAAUCACGUGAAUUGACAAUCGUUAAUCUUCAUAAUGAUGAGCAUCGUCAUAUGAGUGAAAUUAUUGGAGAAAUCCUAAAUGAAGUUGAUUUAUUUGAUUUAUCAAAAGGACGUGUUAUUCGUUGUCAUAUUCUUCGCCAUUGUCGUCAAUCUCAAGAUAGUAUCUCAUGUGAGAAUGAUGAUCUAUUGAGUGAAAAUGAUCAUAUAUUGGUUAGUAUUCAUCAUACAAUGUUUGAUGGAGCAUCAACAUCAAUCUUUCUUCGUGAUCUUUCUCUUGUUUAUCAGUCUGAUGGCUCUUUAUUUAUGGAUGAAAAUACAUUGAAUUAUAUCGAUUAUUCUGUUCAUGAACAUGUCAUGAAUAUGUCAUUAUCUCGUGAAUUCUGGCAAUUAGAACUCAAAGGAUAUAGUAUUGCACGCCAAUUAUCAUUACCUAUUGAUCGACAACGUUCAUCAACUAAUCAACAAGGAUCAGGUUUAGCUUCUUCAGCUCAAAUCACUUUUGAUGAUGAAAUAUGCACAUCAUUUCUAAAUUAUGCAUCAUCACAUCAUCUCACCCUUUUUCAACUUGGAGUAUCCAUAUUUUAUGUCUUCUUAUUCAAAUUAACUCAUGGUGAGACUGACUUAUGUAUUUCUUCUAUCAAUGCCAAUCGAUAUCGAAAUGAACUACAAGAUCUAAUUGGAAUGUUUGUUUCAACAUUACCAUUUCGUGUUGAACUUGAUUGUCAUUGGUCAUUUGAUGAAGUAGUUAAAUAUGUACAAGAAAAAUGUUUAUCAGUUAUUGAACAUUCUCAUUAUCCACUACAACAUAUUCUUGCUGAUUUACAUGUCACUCAAUCAAAUCCUGCAUUUCUUGAAACAAUGUUCGAUUUUAUUACUGCGUCAAAAGAUAUGGGGCAUUUUCGUUUAAAUGAUGCAAAUUUAGAACAAGUAUCAUUAGAAAAAUCAGCCGAAGUGACUAAAUUUGACUUUUCAUUAAGAUUUGAAUACAAUCCAGCAUCAGAUGAUAAUCAAUUGUCUUGUUCUUUUGUUUGUUCACAUGAUUUGUUUGAAAAAUCAACUAUUUCUAAAAUAGCUCAAAGAUUUCAGUAUAUGUUUGAGCAAUUGUUUCAAACACAACCAAGCAACACUACUGUGAUGAAUGUGAGUUCAUUGAUUAACAAAAUUUCUCUUAUUCUUCCUGAGGAAGCUGAAGAAAUGGAAUUAGCCGUAUUUCAUCGAUUAGACAAUAUUAUGAAUGAAGCACCAGCAUCAUUUGCACAAGUUCGUCUAUGGUAUAAUGAAUCUAUUCAUUUCACUCCUCAUAUAUCACAAGUACCAACCUGCAACAUCCCGUUUGUCUAUCAUCUGCACUCACAUCAUACUUUAUCAGUACAACGUCUUCAUCAUGCUCUUCAACUAAUUGUCACAAAACAUGAAUCUCUCCGAACAUCACUCAUAUUUAAUACACACAAGAAUCGACUCAUGCAACAAACCAUCAAUUUCAACCAAAAUCAUAAUAAAUUAUUUAUAUUUAUUGAAAGCACUUAUACAACACAUGAACAACUCAAUCAUAUCCUACAUGAAGAAAAAUAUAAUCCUCAACUUUUCGAUCUUAAUCAAGGUCUUGUCUUUCGAUGUCAUCUUGUUUACUAUAAACAAAUCUCUUCACAUCAUCUUCUUUCUCACAAAGAUGUACUUAUUUUUAACUUUCAUCAUGCUUUAUUUGACUUUCCAUCGAUGAAAGUAUUUCUUCAUGAUCUCAAUCAAGCAUACACAACAGGUCAAUUACUAUAUGAUGACAACACUAAUCUUCGUUACCUCGACUAUGCUGUUAUUGAACAACAAAUGUCAAUGACUGGUGCAAGUAUGUUUUGGCUUGAUGCUCUUCAUGAUUGUAAACUCGAUCAAUCUUUACCAUUACUGUUUGAUCGAUAUCGUCUCUCAAAUGAACAUCGAACUGGUCGUGGAACGUCUAUUUCAUUUGAUUUAGGUCAAGAUCUCUUAUAUGAGCUUCUUAUUCAUGCAUCAUCAAAUAACAUAUCACUGGAACAUCUCACAUUUGCUAUUUAUUUCAUCUUUCUAUUUAAAUUAACUAAUGGACAAACAGAUCUAUGUCUGGCUAUGAACAUCAAUAAUAAUCGAUAUAGAGAUGAACUUAAAUCAAUCAUUGGACUGUUUGAGAAUAUCAUUCCAUUACGAUGUCAAAUAGAUCCACAUUGGUGUUUUCAUCAAUUACUUGAACAUGUUCAGGAUACAACAACAAACAGUAUGAAAUAUUCAUAUUUUCCACUUCAACAUAUUCUCACUCAACAUCCACAUAUUUCAAAACACGCAUUUCUCGAUACAUCUCUGGAGUUUAUAUCGUACAAGAGUAACACUGAUAACAAUGCAAUAAUGAUUGGUAAUUCUCAACUUGUUCCAGCAUCUUUCUCAUUUAACGAUAAUGAAGAUGAGAUAUUAAGUGCAUUCGAUUUCUCUCUUUCAAUCUAUCAUGAUAUGAACAUGAAUCAACUAUCAUGCAAAAUCAGUGCAUCACUUGACUUAUUCGAUAGAGAAACAGUGGAAAAGAUUUCACAACGAUUUCAUUUCAUCUUACAUGAAUUAUCUGCAUCAAUUAUUGAUAAUCAAAUAAACAAAUCUAUCUAUGAAUUAUCAUUAAUAUUAUCAAAUGAAAGAUAUUUAAUACAAUCAUUAAAUAACACACAAGUAUCAUUUCCAUCUGCUCUCACUUGUAUUCAUCAUGAAUUUGUAUAUCAAGUGAUGAAAUAUCCACAAAAACUAGCAGUUGAACUAGAUGAACAGUCAUUGACAUAUUGUGAACUCUUGAAUUAUGUUCAAGUCUUAUCUUUAACUCUUCUUAAUGAAUAUCAUGUGUUUCCAGGUGAGGUCGUUAUUGGUAUAAUGGCAGUUGAAAUGGCUGGUGGUGUUUAUUGUCCAUUAUCAUCACGAGAUCCGCAACAUCGUUUGCAUGCACUCACACAACAAACUCAAAGUCGUCUUGUUCUUAUUCAUCAUUUAACUACGAAGAAAUUCAAUUGUGAUACCGUUAUGCUUGAUAUUGAUUCAAUAUUAAAUAUGAAUGAUAUAGAUGAGAAAGGUCUUUCAUAUGUGAAAGUGAAAGAAGAAGAGAUAGCUUACAUUAUUUUCACUAGUGGUUCAACUGGAACACCCAAAGCGGUUCGUUAA